UUGGUAGGAAGGUCAGAACGAGGGGUUCAGUCAGCAAAAGAGGAAAAGCCCGUCAGGAAGUAGAGAAGACCUGCUUCCUCGCACUGGGGCUGGGGCUGUGGUGGAGGGCAGAAGAGCUGCCCAAAUGCUCCCUCCCCCAUCACUCCCAGGGCUUUGCUUGGGAAACUGCUACGGAGCCCCUAGAAGCAGAUUCCAUACUUCUGAAGAAGCCAGAGAAACUGUUAGCAGGGCUUGACCAAAGUGGGCCACCCCCUCUCCCUGGAGCCCCCAGACGAAGAGGCAGUAUGCCUCUGCCGUACAAGCACCAACUGCGGCGGGCUCAGGCUGUAGAUGAACUUGACUGGCCUCCUCAGGCCUCAUCCUCUGGCUCUUCUGAUUCCCUGGGCUCGGGAGAGGCAGCCCCUCCCCAAAAGGAUGGAGUCUUCAAAGUCAUGCUGGUGGGGGAGAGUGGUGUAGGCAAGAGCACCCUAGCAGGCACUUUUGGCGGUCUCCAAGGAGAAAGUGCUCAUGAACUGGAGGAUACAGAAGACACCUAUGAGAGACGCAUCGUAGUGGAUAAAGAGGAAGUGACGUUAGUUGUUUAUGACAUCUGGGAACAGGGGGACGCAGGGGGGUGUCUGCGCGACCACUGCCUUCAGACGGGGGACGCCUUUCUCAUCGUCUUCUCAGUCACCGAUCGACGAAGCUUCUCCAAAGUUCCAGAGACCUUACUUCGGCUCCGGGCAGGGAGGCCCCAUCACGACCUACCUGUCAUCCUCGUGGGAAACAAGAGCGACCUGGCUCGCUCUAGGGAGGUGACACUGGAGGAAGGCCGCCACCUGGCCGGGACGCUGAGCUGCAAGCACAUUGAGACGUCUGCUGCGCUGCAUCACAACACGCAGGAGCUCUUUGAGGGCGCGGUGCGCCAGAUCCGGCUUCGGCGGGGCCGAGGCCGUGUUGGGGGCCAGCAGCCACAGUCCGGCAGCCCAGAAGGCCCCACGCCUCCUGCACGCAGAGAGAGCCUAACCAAGAAGGCCAAGCGAUUCCUCGCCAACCUGGUGCCGCGCAACGCCAAGUUCUUCAAACAGCGCUCCAGGUCGUGUCACGACCUCUCAGUGCUCUGAGCCCGGUCGCCAUGGCCACAGCAGUUGCCAUGGCCACCGCGCCCUCGCUCGCCCCGCCCCGUCCGGCUUCUUUUGUGGAGGCCGUCUAGGAAACCAAAAAUUCCCAGGAUGCUCUGGGGUGACCAUAGGGGCGGGGCUAGUGGGCGUGGCCACACCAUUACAGCGUUCCCAUGGCCGCCGCUGGGGGCGUGAGCCUGUGGAAGGGGCGGAUGUAGGUAUCGUGCGAGUGGUCGAGUGGUCGGGUGAGAAAGAAAAAGUCUUGGAAGGUUUUGUGGGGUUUUGUUUGUUUGUUUGUUUGUUUUUGUUUUGUUUUCUUAACGCUUGUUAACUUCUGUGAAGAAAUUCUCAAAAAUGGUAGCUGGAAAAGUGCUUGGUAGACUCCUGGACAGAAAGGAUCUCCGUUGUACUCGGUCCGCCUUUAAGAUAGUCUUAAAGGUAAGGAUACGGAGAUCCUGUUCCAGAGACUUCUGAAAACGCCCUGGCUGUUAUCUCCCGCACUGGCCCACUUUGCCCUUUAGUGCUUAAGAAGAAGGGGCUGGAAGUGCUAUUCUUGAGAUUGAAUUCUGCGAUUUACUGUCCCACAAUGGCACUUCCCCUUUAAGGUUAUUAAAAGUAAAGUGUAAACAGAGUUUCUGCCUUUAAAUGCCUGAAGAGUAGAGAGGUGGCAGUCCUUGGCCAGGGCCUGGGAGGCAGCAUCAAGGGACCACC